AAUUGCCAACAAAUGUUGAAGUGAAUUGUUUGUUGAUUUGAAAAGUCUUUUUGUUUAUUUGUAGGUAAUUACAAUGGACGAAGAAGUGACAGCCCCAGAAGGGCUUUCAAGUAGUUUAGAAUUUAAAUUUUUCCAUGGAUUCAUCGCAUCCAUUUCCGUUAUUAUUGUCUCCGAAUUGGGUGAUAAAACUUUCUUUAUCGCUGCAAUUAUGGCCAUGAGACAUAAUCGAUGGACUGUAUUUAUGGCUGCUCUUAGUGCGUUAAUAUUGAUGACAAUUUUAUCGGUUUCCGUUGGUGUGGCUACUGCAAUAUUUAGUAAAGAAGUGAUUCAUUUUGUAUCGAUUAUAUUAUUUCUUGGUUUUGGUGCGAAAAUGCUAAAAGAUGGUUACACCAUGACUGAAGAGGAAGCCAAAGGAGAGUAUGAAGAGGUUCAGAAGAGCCUUCAAGAAAAAGAAUCAGGAUCAAUUGGAACCAAUGCCAAUGGAACUAUUUUAACGGGUUCCAGUAAAGAUUUAGAACAAAAUAUUUUAAAUACAACGGAAGAUCCGGAGACUGGAAUAUUACGGACAAUAUCUUCAGUUCCUUUUAGUACAAGGUUGAAACGUAAACUGAUGCACAUUGUGUCUCUUGUUUAUAUUGAAACCUUUACCAUGACCCUUGUCGCUGAAUUGGGCGACAGGUCACAAAUAACAACCAUAAUAUUGGCCGCUAAAGAGUCAACAACCGGUGUAACUAUUGGUGCCAUUUUGGGACAUGCAAUUUGUACAGGAAUCGCCGUUGUUGGUGGACGAUUAGUGGCCACAAUGAUAUCCGUUCGCACUGUCACAAUUGCUGGUGGUUUCAUUUUUAUAUUUUUCGCUGUCACUUCAAUGCUAUUUGGUCAAUAGCAAUAAAUUAAACAACGGUAAUGAUUAUUGAAGUGAUUUGUGUACAAAUUGAAGUGAUUAUCCAUCUGAUUGUUUAAAGAGUCACUUAAUCAAUUACAAAUGUCCAUCUUUAUUAUUCAUUCAAGAGUUGAUGUUGAUAAAUUUCUUGUUUCCUGAUCAA